AUGGGAUGAACUUCUUGCAGACAACAGCGAAUUAUUGAGAGUACUACAUAUGUAAAAGAUUCUCUCAAGUCCAAAUAUAAAAUAGAAUCUGUUAUUUCAAAUGAUGGGCUUUUAGGCAAGAUCUUCUUAGCAUCUCUGAAGGAUAGCCCUUCGGAGAAAGUUGCAAUUAAAGCAAUUGCUAAAUAAGCAGAUGAGUGUGACUAACAAAGAGGUGACCGCUGCAACGGUGCUAAAAGAGGUGAAAUCUUUGGAAACACUUGAGCAUCCUAACAUGUGAAAAUAUCUAGAAAGCUAUGAAACAGAAAAGACCAUUUAUAUCGUUAUGGAAUAUUUCAAAGGAACAGAGUUAUUUGAUCUGAUUAUUCAGAAAGUAGAAGCGAAUAACUCCUUCAAUGAGCAAGAGGUCUCUGAGAUCAUCAAGAAGCUUCUCGAAGUCUUGAAGUACUGACAUUCAGAGGAAAUCAUGCACAAAGAUCUUAAGCCCAAAUAAGGUUCUCUGUGAUGACCAGGGUAACCUAAAAAUUGUUGAUUUCGGAUUAUCCAAGUGGGACUUUUUCACAACUAUUCAGAUGAUGACUGGAAAAACAUUUUAUUUAGCAUCUGAAAUAUUGAGAAAAGAGAAGACGCCGAAAUGAGAUAUAUGGUCUGUUGGAGUUAUGAUGUUCACUCUUCUCAGUGGCUGCCUCCCUUUUGUGAGCGAUGGUAAGGAAACUAUCUUCCAGAAAGCUAUAAAGGGAGAAUACUCAAUGGAUUCGGGUGUCUGGGAUAACAUCAGCGAUCAAGCUAAAGAUCUUAUACAUCACAUGAUUAACAUUGACCUUACUAAGAGGUACACUGCUGAGGAAUGACUAGCUCAUGAGUGGUUUUCAAUGAAGCAUCAGACUAUCUUAGCCGAAAAAUUCUCAUCUGGGAUCGCUAAAAAUUUUAAACUUAUGCGUUCCCAAACUAUAAUGGAAAAUGCUGCCCAAAGUUUGGCAAAGAAGAAAAUCAAUAUCAAAGAUAUCAGAGGAAUGAGAACAGAGUUUGAAAAGAACUGCGAUGAAAACAAUACUGUGGACUUUAUCAAUUUCAAGCGAAUCUUACUCCAAUUUGAGAGCAACUUGACUAGCGAUCAAGCUGAUGUAAUUAUCAAAGAAAUCCUAUCUACACAGCGGACGUCAGGAAGAAUUGAUUACCAAGUGUUUAUAAAGGAGCUAAAAAGCCUGCAUCAUUAUAAAACAGAUACUAAAAUGUGGUUAACUUUUACCAAGUAUAUUAACCAAGACACCGGCUAUUUACCAUAUUCAGAGCUCCAAGAUGCUUUGGGAGAGGUGGAUUCACCCCGGACAAAGAGCGAUAUCAGUGAAGUUUUAAUGAUCCUUAAUAUUAGCGAGGAUGAAGAGAUCGAUUUUGUCAAGUUUAAGAAGAUUGUGAAGCAUAAGAGUAAAUCCAAAUUUUAACCGUUUUGGAAACUCAUUCUGGAAAGUUUUAUUAACACACAAAAUGUCCAUUGAUUUAUUGAUCAGUAAUAUUAUUCA